AGCCACCCCAGGGUGCGGGCUCAGGCAGAGGACAGGCUACUGAGGACUCUGUUCAGCCAUUACAACAAACUGGCACGCCCUGUGGCCAAUGUCUCUGAUGUGGUGCAUGUGCUCUUUGGGUUGUCCAUUGCCCAGCUCAUUGAUGUGGAUGAGAAAAAUCAAAUGAUGAUCACCAAUGUCUGGGUGAAACAUGAGUGGAAUGACUACAAGCUCUGCUGGAAUCCAAAGGAAUACGAGAAUGUCACCUCCAUGCACAUCCCAUCCCAUCUAAUCUGGAGACCAGAUAUAGUUCUUUACAACAAUGCAGAUGGUGAUUUCUCCGUGACCCACCUGACCAAGGCCCACCUGUUCCAUGACGGGCGCAUCAAGUGGGUUCCCCCGGCCAUCUACAAGUCCUCCUGCAGCAUCGACGUCACCUUCUUCCCUUUCGACCAGCAGAACUGCACCAUGAAGUUUGGCUCGUGGACCUACGACCGCACCAAGAUCGACCUAAUCAGAAUGGCAGGCAAUGUGGACCAGAUGGACUACUGGGAAAGUGGCGAGUGGGUGCUGGUGGACGCCGUGGGCAACUACAACAUCAAGAAGUAUGAGUGCUGCCACGAGGUCUACUCUGACAUCACCUAUUCCUUCAUCAUCCGGAGACUACCGCUGUUCUACACCAUUAAUCUGAUUGUGCCCUGCCUGCUGAUCUCCUGCCUGACUGUCCUGGUGUUCUAUCUGCCCUCUGACUGUGGAGAGAAGAUCACCCUGUGUAUCUCUGUGUUGCUGUCUCUCACCGUCUUCCUCUUGCUUAUUACCGAGAUCAUCCCGUCCACCUCGCUGGUUAUCUCGCUCAUCGGGGAGUACCUCCUCUUCACCAUGAUCUUCGUCACCCUUUCCAUCAGCAUCACCAUCUUCGUGCUCAACGUACACCACCGCUCGCCGCGCACGGACACCAUGCCCCGCUGGGUGCGCCGCGUCUUCCUGGACGUUGUCCCCGGCUUCCUGUUCAUCCGGCGGCCUGCAGCGGUCAAGGACAACAAGAAGAGGCUGGCGGAGGCCAUGCAGAAGAGGGCCAUGCUAUGGGGUGAGCUGGAGGCUGAGCUGGAGGUCCAGGAGAUCCUGGCCCGCUCCCCUUCUCUCUUCUUGGGCCGACCCAUGGAGGGUUCCCUGCUCCCCAAGCUUCCCCAGCAACAGCAGCAGCCCCUGGACAAGUCCAGCCAGUACUCCAUCCUCCCGGAGGAGCCGACCACCUCGUCCCAGCCAGGCUGCUCUUCUCUGUUCCUCCACCCUCUCUUCCCAUCCAGGGACAAGCACCACGUGGCCAGGCCCAAGAUGCGUUCCCUCAGCUUACAGUACGGCCUGGGUGAGAGGGAGCAGCCCCAGACCAGCAUCCGCUGUCGCUCGCGCAGCAUCCAGUACUGCUGCCUGCAUGAGGAGGUCUCCUCCAUGGGUAACGGCAUGCAGGGGCCUCUCUCUCAACACCCGUCCCUGAUGGAGGAGAGGAAGCAGAGCUGCUCAGCUGUCUGCAAGUAUCACUCAGGCCUGGCCAAGGAAGCCAAAGCAAUGACCAAGGACCAGCGGCUCCUCGUCUUAUCCCCGUCCAUGAAGAUGGCCAUGGAAGGUGUGCAGUACAUCGCAGACCACCUCCGUUCAGAGGAUAUCGACUUCUCUGUGAAGCAGGAGUGGAAGUAUGUGGCUAUGGUCCUAGACCGGAUCUUUCUGUGGUUGUUCAUCUUGGUGUGUCUCCUGGGGACCCUCGGACUCUUCGUCCCUCCCUGGCUGGCUGGAAUGAUAGACCUAUCUGUCUGACUCCAAACACUUCUGAAGCCAUUGACCCUAUGCACAUUCAAGUUGUACAACUGAUGAACAACUCACUUGCCACAAUUUUGUUCUGCACAACAUUAAUUACACAAGCAUUGUGGAGACACUGCACAAUGA